CUGCAACCACUUGUCACUCUCGGGCCGGCGCGCGCGCACCGCCGCCAUCGCUAAUACGUUAUACGCACGUGCUGAUUAUAUUAUUAAAUUCAAUCUGUGGGACAAUUAUCUGUGAGAACUGUGAAGUUGUGUGUGUUAGCAAAAUUCGGAAGGUAUCUUCGAUCACGAUGCGACUGAGGCGAGGAUUGGCUGUCAGCAUUCUACUAGUUUUACAUCUGAGCGGAUCUUAUAGUGAUCAGACGACAAAUGAAGGGGGCGGCGGUGGAGGUUCACCUAAUUCCGACACCAACAGCGUUGCAGAACCCUCUAGCGACCAACUGGCGAUGGAAUCAUCAGAACGAGAAACCCCAAGUCACGCUUACAACGGUCCACCGCCCCCAGUGCCACCUCCUCACGUUACAAAUCGAAGACAAAAUGGGCCCCACCACCAGUCACACCAUCCAAUAGGUAUGCCUCGUAUUUCUAAUCAUCAGCAAAUACAUUCAAAGCCAUUCGCCCUUGGACCUCCUGUGAAUCAUCAUAAAAAUGACAUUGGGCCAGGAUUCCGAGGGCCGCCACCACCCCAAGCUCCACCAAGUGACGCUCAAGCCUCGGCCAGUGACAAGGUCUACAGCACUACUGGUGACGUUUGGCCUGCUCCAGCUCCUGAUAUGCCGAAAAUUUUAUCCCUCGACGUCAAAUGUGAAAAGAAUGCCAUGAGAGUAUUUCUCAGUUUCGACAAACCAUUCUUUGGUAUCGUUUUCUCCAAAGGUCACUAUUCUAACCAUCAAUGUGUUCAUCUUCCACCAAAUUUAGGCAGAUCUUCGGCCUCCUUUGAAAUUGGUGCGCACGCAUGUGGCACAGCUGGAAGCGGAGAUCCAAGAUAUAGGAGCGAUGUUGCAGCAGCUGGCACGUACUUUGAAAAUGUUAUUGUCAUACAGUAUGACCCGCAAGUCCAAGAAGUUUGGGAUCAAGCACGCAAACUGCGGUGCACGUGGCACGACCAGUAUGAAAAAGCUGUUACUUUCCGCCCCUUCCCCGUAGAUAUGUUGGAUGUGGUUCGUGCUGACUUUGCUGGAGAUAAUGUGGGAUGCUGGAUGCAAAUACAAGUUGGUAAAGGUCCUUGGGCUUCUGAAGUAUCCGGAUUAGUUAAAAUAGGUCAGACUAUGACUAUGGUAUUAGCGAUUAAAGAUGAUGAUGCAAAGUUUGAUAUGUUAGUUCGUGAUUGUGUUGCUCACGAUGGUCAACGCGCCCCUAUACAAUUAGUCGAUAGGCGUGGCUGUGUAACUAGACCAAAACUAAUGUCGAGGUUCACAAAGAUAAAGAAUUUCGGAGCUAGCGCAUCAGUGCUCUCAUACGCGCAUUUUCAAGCUUUCAAAUUCCCAGACUCCAUGGAAGUGCAUUUCCAAUGUACUAUUCAGAUUUGUAGAUACCGAUGCCCCGAACAAUGUACUGAUGCACCUCAUAAUGUUAUUGGCCCUCACGCUGAAUACGGACCACCACAAAUUGAUCAGUCAUAUCCCGUAAGUGUUGAAAUAAGGAGGGAUGAAAGAAGAGUAAGGAGGCAACGUAGAGCCACAUCACCUGAAAAGGAAGUUGGCGUUAACAGAGUCAUCCGAGUUGUGUCCGCUGGAGACCUGAAUUUAGAUAAUAAUGAAGAAUCGAUCGCUCCCAAAAUUGUUCCGACGCCAGGACUUGUUUGCAUGACAACGCCAGGAUUUGCUGCCACACUUGGAACACUUCUUGCCACUCUUAUAUGUUCGUGCGCAGUGUCUGCAGUAUUAUUCUUUAAAUUACGUCCCAUUACAAAACUUAAAAAGAAAACUGCUGCUAUUAGCACGAUACCACGACCACACCCAACAACAGGACCACAUGUCAUUUCGAAAAGCCGAUUUUAUUCGUAACAUGUAAUGUAAUGCCUUUAUAAUUUAAUUUGUAAAUAUUAGCGUAAUGAGACUGAAGUAUGACCCAGCCUAUACUUUAUUUAUGUGCUCAAAUUAUUUAAAUUCUAAAUCCUUAGUUUUAAUUAUUUUCUUUAUGGUAUGCCUUAAUAUUCAAAAUUCUACAAUUUGCAACUUCAAUAUAUAACUGUAUUUAUGAUAUAUGAAACGUGUAUAAUAGUUUAUUUUCUGGUCUAAAAAUGUAAUAAGACGGAAAUGUGAAUGUACUCGAAUACUUAGGUCUUCGUAAGUGGGUAGAUUGUUAAGGCCAUAAACCAUAAAUUUAAAUAAUUUCAUACAGUUGUUCAUUAAGCAAUUAAUUGAGUAUCUACGAGUAUAUUAAGAAAAAAAAAUGAGAUGAACACAAAAUAAUGUUGGACACAAAUUAGUUUUAAAACGUCACAAGUACAAUCUUCUGUUGCCUCUUGUUGAGUGAUAAUUUGAUAAAGAGGCAACGGAAAAUAUAAAAUAAUAAUAAAUACGUGGUAUAGCAACAUAGUUAAACCGCUAGAGAUAAUUUAAAGUAACUUGUCAUUAGUAUUAAUAUUAUUUAUUGUAGUUAAGGUUGUGUAGUCAUUACCUACAUGCUAGCUAUAUUAUUUAAGGUUGUGUAGUCAUUACCUACAUGCUAGCUGUAUUAUUUAUUUUUACCACCUGAGUACCUCCCCUUCUGUUAAGGGUAAGCCUCAUAGCAGGCACCCUCUUAAUAUUCUAGUUAUGUUUUCUUUUUUAUAUUAAUUUUACGGUAUGUUGAUCGAAGUGAAAGCUAUUAUAUUCUGUAAAAUCUCCGUUAACGUAGGUGAAUGUGUACAAGAUCAUGAACAAAUGUAGCAUUGAAUAAUAAUAUAUUAAACAGUUAAAAAA